AUUUCUUUAUAUAUAUAUUUAUGUUGAGAGAGAAAAAAAAGAUAGAUGUCACUCUUAUAGCUCUCUCUCUUCCUGUUCUUGGGUUGGGUUUCUCUCUCACCAGUAUAUAUUCUCUCCGUUUAAGGAAAUUGAAAAGCUUCUUUCCUCCCUUCACAAUGGUGGAUCUUCAAACUGAAUGUUGCAUGUGCGGCGACGUCGGUUUCCCUGACAAGCUCUUCCGUUGCAGCAAAUGCCGCCAUCGCUUUCAGCACUCGUAUUGCAGCAACUACUACAGUGAAUUCUCCGAGCCAAUUGAGUUGUGUGAUUGGUGCCAGAGCGAAGCGAGGAAUGCCAGACAGGGAAGCUCUUCGAAGAAAUCAGCAGCUGGACAUGAUAGUGGAGGAGUUACCAACCGAUCAGAGUACUCAGGUGACAAAAUCAAGCAGCAUGAUCGCGAAGAAGGCACCACCGAGAAGGGAAAGAGCUCGAGUGGGGUGCCUUCUCCAAGAACAGCUACCCGCAGGUACAAGCUUCUCAAGGAUGUGAUGUGUUAGAAUGUUGACGGGGGAGUUGGGUGUCGAAAACUUUUCUUGGGUGUUUGUAGUAGCAUAUACUAAUUAUAUAAGCUGUUUCUUGGGUGUUUUCUUUUGAGUUAUAGUUAUUGUUUAUGCUAGCCAUGUUUUGAUCUGUAAUUAAGUUGUUAAUAAAAUAAUGCGACUUCUUUAUCAAA